AUGAUGUUUCCUUUGGCCAGAUAUGCACUAAACCAUCUCAAGAUUCAAAGUGUUCGGCAAAUUGUGGCAAGACAGGGCCACACAAAGCCCUCAUCGGAUUUUCAUGACAAGUACGGCAAUAUGCUGCUAAUUAGUGGAUCCGUUUUCUGUUUUGUUGGAUUUUUGUUUUAUAUUACACAGAUGGGUGUACAAUGGAACCUGUCUCCUGUUGGCAGAGUUACCCCAAAAGAGUGGAAGAAUAAGUAA